CACGCAUCAGUAUAAGUCAGUGCUGCUAGCUUCAUGAUCGCUCUAUCUACAGCUUUUUCAGCUGGUCGCUUCCUGUGGGUUCCCUGGAUACGUGUUUGGUACUUGGCACGAGUGGAGGACGUUCGUGACGUCGAAUGUGGUGAUCCUGGAGAUGUAAAGCUGUUGGUUCACGUACAUGGCGAGCAAUUCACGAAAGACAAGUGGAUCACUGUACACCGAAAUGACUCGACUGCAGCUCACUCACUACGACUACUCCAGGUGUUGCCUACUGCAUUCACAGGUAUCGGCUCGUUCCCAACCGUAGGAAACCACGUUCAGCUUCUCGUCAUGGAUCACGAUAUUGUUCAGCGAAUUGUAUCUCGAUGCAGUAACGAGGACCCUAAUAAUGUCGAAGUACCGACACUUGUGGGGAUUGUAGUCAAGGUGCUACCUGCACGAGACGCGUCAUUAGUAGACGUGGCAUAUCCCACAGAACUUGUAGAUAAAGUACAGUGGCAGCGCGUCCAGAUCAGCAACGGAUACAUUAACAUGAUCUCAGAAUCUCGCUUCCUCGAGCUUCAACAGCAAUUAUCUCUCGCCAUUGGAGCUUCUUAUCACUAAGACACCAAGAACAUUCGAAGAACUCAACAUAAUUUCUAUUCAUCCGGUCCAUUCCCAGACAUCUAUUGCGUUCUCCUUACAGGUCGUUGUUUAUACUUCCACUUCGCUUACGCGUCGGAGAACUCGAGCGUUUGAUCGAGUAAUUUGCUUUGGUUUUGACUGGAGCGCCGUAUGCGAACUUGCGAAUAUCAGUACGUGGAGUGGAGCGGAAGUCCAGGUCUUCGUCGUCAUCCAGAGCGAAUUCCUCCAGAUCGUCC